AUGGCUAUCGCUACCACUACCGCUUGGAAACCUAAAAACCUCCCACAGAAGCCUGAAGAUUCCAGAAGUGCGAAGGAGAAAUCCAUUAUUUCCACAGUUGAGUUUGUUUCUCCUGAACUCCCUACAAUUAGUGCUAUUGCAGAUGCCAAUCCCAUAACCUCUACACAAGCACAAGAGCAGCAAAUCACUCAAAAUCUCUUAGAGGUUUUGCCUCCAUCCCAAAAUGAACAAGAUUCCCAGCAAAAUAGAGAAAAAUACCUUGCCAACAAGGAGUUCGUUGGUGUGGGGACCGUAUAUAUCGGAGGUGUCGAGGAAGGUGACGCCGGUGUUGAUGGCGUGGUGGAUGAGUUUGAUCAUUUCCUCUUCUGGCUUGGGAGAACCAUGGUUAAAGGUCAAUCCCAUGCAGCCCAGUCCCUGUUUUGAUACCUCAAAACCUUGUGAACCCAGUUUUAUUCUAGGCACUGUGAUUGCCAUUUCCUUUCUUCGUUCAAGCUUCUUCAACUCUGUGUGUGUGUGUGUGUGU